AUGUACUCGCGGAGUUUCGCGUCCGAGACGAGUCAGAGGACGAGGAUGAGGAGCCUGAGGGACGUGGGAGCCUCGGAGCUCGAGCUGGUCAAGAAGAUCGCGCAGGACCCCCAGCUGAGAGCCGAGCUGGAGAAGUUGCAUCAUCUAGAGCUGGAGUGCAACGGGAUCAUCGAGGAAAUGAAGAAUCGCAAGCUGACGGUCAGGCAGCGCAGCGCCGCAUGCCAGCGGCUCAGGCGGCUCAUCGACCUCCCGGAUGGCGUCUGGCUGGUCCACAGCUGCGGCGGGACAGAGGCCCUCUGCGAGCUCCUGAGGGGAGGGCAGAGCGCGGAGAAGAAGGUAGCAAGCAGCGUGCUGGCGAGGCUGGCGUCGGAGGAGCUGUGCAGGAGCACGAUAGCGUACGGAGGGACGCUGGACUCCCUCUGCCACAUGCUCAAGACUAGCAACCACACGGUGGACGACGACUCGCGGGGAAACGCUGCCCUCUGCAUCGCCAACUUAUGUGCGGGUCCUGGUUACUCCACCAAGGUCGCCAACCUUGCAGUGGACCCGUCGCUGUGCAGGCAGCUGGCCCUGCAUCACUCGGACCCUGUCAAAUCUCUCAUGAACAUCAUCAAGGUUACCAUCCUUGAAGCCGGAGGGAUCCAGACAGCAUUGCAUCUGCUGGCCACGUUCGAGCCCGAGGCGUUCGAGGACUCGGCAAGCCAGCAGGGGUCGCCCAAGAGGUCGGAGGGCUCCUUGAUAGACGACGAGUACUCCUUCGACAGUGACAUGGAGGAGUCGUACAACAGCGACGGGCCCUCCUCCUCCGCUGCUCCCCCAGCCCAUUUCUCCCAUCGCAUCAGGAGAGCGAUCCUGGAGCGGGCCAAGUUCAUCACCAACGGGAGCAGGUGCGGCGACUGGCUGUGGCGGGAGGUGAUGGGGGGAAGCGGCAGGUGCAUCGGCAUCAAGAACUCUGCCUUCCUGGGGGGCGCAGGGACGCUGCACGUGCGGCUGAUGCAGUGCAAGUCGCUGCCGAGGAUGGACGUAGGGAGAUUGUUUCUGCCAACUCAGCGUCGGCGAAAAGUUGUAGAGGACUCACUUGAUCCGAUCUUCGAGGAAGAUUUCACCUUUGACAUCAUCAACUGCGCCAACCAGAAGCUUUCUCUCCGUGCCAUGGACUUUGACGACAUUGACGAGGAGGAGGAGGAGAUUCGAUUCAACAAGCUUGAUGGAAAGGCAGACGAGUCGAACAAGAACGCGACAGACAAAGCCGGGUCGAUCCACGACUUCAUCGGGUCAUUGCAGAUUGAUCUGAAAGUUCUUCUGGCUGAAGAAGACUUCGUCCUCGAAGUCCAAGAAUGCGGAGGAGUCCCUGCUCUGCUAGACAUCCUUCACAGCUACGAGCACACAUCGCCGAUUGGGUCCAAUGAAACCAUCCGGGAGCUCCUGCUGAUGAUUCAUAAUCGAGACGUCAGCAACCCCAACAACUUGUCUCACAUCUACGCUGGCAAAUGCCUGGCGGUCUUGGCGUCAGAGCCUGAAGUCAGGCAGCAUCUCCUUGAAGCAGGAGCAGUUGACGUCUUCUCCGAGUGGCUCGACAACGCGAGGGCGGAGGGUCGUAAACUUGACGCUGAGGUUGCUGGCCUGUGCCUCUACGCCAUGAGCUUGAACAAUUCCGCGGCCCAGAGGAUGAAGAAAGGAACUCUCGAGUCGCUCCUCUCCGUCUUCGACAUCUCUUCGAGCGCCAUCGCUUCUGACAAGACGCAAGCUUGUGCCGUGCCUGCUCUCAUAAACAUCUGCCUCGGACACGUUCGGUAG